AUGCAGACUGCUGGUGAUGGAGCAAAGGGCGUGGGCGCCAAGCGAAGUCGAAGCGGCGGCCCAGUGCUCAAUCCGAGUGCUGCAUCUAUUGAAUUACUAGUGGAUUCGACUGCAGAGUCCGUAAAGACUCGCUUCUUGCAAUUUUUAUGUGGUUACGGGCAGCAGGACGACGCAGACGAGGCUAUGGACCCGAGCAAGAUCAACUACAGUCAGCAGGCUGAAGUAAUGCGCAAUACAGAGACAUCAUCGCUCUUUGUCGACUUUUCUCACGUCUUAGAGUUCGAUCCGGACUUAGCACAAGCUCUCCAGGCCCAGUAUUACCGCUGGGAACCGUACUUACGUCGUAGUGUCUUUGAGUUUAUUCGACUUGAGGACGCAGCUUAUACAGUCAAUGAAGACGCAAACAAAACGCAGCGUGAAUUUUUUGUCAACUUUUACAAUUUUCAGCAUGUGUCCCAUAUUCGGGAUCUUAGGACCAAAAGCAUUGGCGAACUUUUGAGUUUUUCUGGUACUGUAACUAGGACGUCUGAAGUGCGUCCAGAGCUUCUUUUUGGUGCUUUUACGUGUGCCGAUUGUGGUGGCGAUACGACAGGUGUAGAACAGCAAUUUCGGUAUAGUGAACCUGUCAAGUGUCAGAAUCCGUAUUGCGUCAACACGUUUGCAUGGGAGCUUAAUACCGAAAAGUCAGUUUUCGUGGACUGGCAACGCGUCAAAGUGCAAGAGAAUAGUGACGAAAUUCCAGCUGGGAGUAUGCCACGGUCAAUUGAUGUCAUUCUAAGACAUGAAAAUGUCGAACAGGCCAAAGCUGGUGACCGAGUUGUUUUUACUGGUACUUUUAUUGUAGUCCCUGACGUCUCCAAGUUUGCUCAAGCUGGUGGAGAGACGGCUGUUGCAACGCGAAACAAUGACCAAUCAAGACGAAAUGGCGAGAAUAGUACGCAAGGCAUGCAGGGCGAAGGUGUGCGUGGUUUGAAGGCUCUUGGUGUGCGUGAACUCACGUACAAGACCUGCUUUCUGGCUUGUAGUGUACAGACCAUGGAACAACGUUUCAAUAGUAUUUCAAUUCGCAGUGAAUAUAACGAAGAUAAUACUGAAGAACAAGAAAACGGUGAGGCUGCACUUCAGGAGUUCAGUGAUGAAGAAGUAGCAUCAAUACGUAGGAUGCAGCAAGAUCCAGACCGAUAUUCAAAGAUGGCAAAGUCAAUUUGUCCAUCUGUUUAUGGUCACGACGAAAUUCGAAAGGGGAUUUUAUUGAUGCUCUUUGGUGGUGUGCACAAAAAGACAAUAGAAGGUAUCAAGCUUCGAGGAGACAUUAACGUUUGUAUUGUGGGUGAUCCAUCGACUGCUAAGUCGCAAUUUCUCAAGUAUAUUGUUGGUUUCUUACCUCGUGCAAUUUAUGCUUCUGGUAAAGUGAGUUCAGCUGCCGGCCUCACGGCUUCUGUAACACGAGAUGCAGAUAGUGGCGACUAUUGUGUAGAAGCUGGAGCGCUGAUGCUUGCAGAUAAUGGCAUUUGUUGCAUUGACGAGUUUGACAAGAUGGAUCCAAUGGAUCAAGUGGCAAUUCACGAAGCAAUGGAACAACAGACAAUCUCAAUUACAAAAGCAGGCAUUCAAGCAACAUUGAAUGCACGCACGAGUAUCUUAGCUGCCGCUAAUCCAUACAAUGGCCGCUACGACAAAACCAAGACUUUGAAAUAUAAUGUCAAUAUUUCAGCGCCAAUUAUGUCGCGUUUUGACUUGUUUUUUGUCAUUCUGGACGAUGGCGAUGAAGUGACAGAUCAGAAGAUUGCUGAACACAUUGUGAACAUUCACAUGCCAAGUGAACUACAAGUCCAAGCGACGGAGACUGGUGCGUAUAGCGAAGAAGAGUUGAAGCGGUACAUUAAGUUUGCAAGGACAUUAAAUCCUGUGAUCACUUUGGCAAGCAAGCGAAUGAUGGUUGCGUGUUAUCGAAGUUUACGUGAGAACGAUGUCGUAAGCAAUGGCCAGACGAACAUUGCGUACCGAAUCACAGUGCGGCAACUUGAGUCGAUGAUCAGAUUAUCCGAAGCUUUAGCAAGACUCGAUCUGAGUGAAACUGUAAUGGUUUCACACGUUCAAGAAGCAUACCGAUUAUUAAGCAAGUCGAUUAUCCACGUGGAUACGCAAAAUGUAGAGCUAGAUGUACCGCUGGUUGUGCCAGAUGGUAAAGAUGGUGACGAUGACAGAUCGAAUACUGGCGGUACAAGUAUGGAUGACAACGACAAUGGUACCAGUAGUGGUGGCAAUUUAAGUACAGGCAAUGUAUCAAAUGACUAUCCGUCGAACGAGAUGCAAGUGACAAGCUCGUCAUCACUUUCGUUCGAGCGGUUUGCGAGAAUUCAAAAGGCCAUUGGUCGAUUCAUUCGCGAGAAAGAAGAGGAAGUGUUGAAUGCCAAAGUCGCUCGGGACGACAUCACGUCAGAGGCACAACUUACACGGGAGAAGCAACUGUUUUGCUCGGUUAUUGAUAAAUUGGUGCAAGACAAAGUUUUGUCAGUUGUUGAUUUGGUUGAUGAAGAUGGUGAAGAUUUGAAGCUAGGAGACAAAGUUGAGGAUAGCACAAGGCAUUUGUCGCUUGAAGAGCAGGACGCGAAAAAGCAACAACGAUAUUUAACCGUGCACCCAAAUUAUGCUUUCGAGUAG